CCUGAGAAAGUCGUCCUCUUAUUGGCCGAAUGCUAGAGUUGGGCGUUUCGGGAUAGAUAGGGAUGCUGCAUCGUUUCAACCGACACCCUUUUAUUUCAGACUCUAUUAAAAAAGCAGUAGAGUUUAUGUUACCGUGUAGAGAUUCUGAUACUCUGAAGAUAUUGUUACGCCUCCUGUAGAUUAUCUUUUUGGAAAAUACUCUCUUAACUGUGCAAGAUUAGUUUCAGGGCGGAGUGCUGCGUGGGCGGUAUCACUAGAAUGGUAUCCGCUCACAAUAUCAGUUUGUGAAACCCGUGAAAGUGUCGAAAAGUGGUCAGUUUUUGUGUUGAUAAAUUAUUCCUUUUUGGCUAAACCAAGGGUCCUAGCUGUUUUAGUUUGUCUAGCUGAACUUCUAUUAAGAAUCUUGAUCAUGAAUCAAAUCAACACCGGGCGAGCGCGGGUGCCGAAGUGCGCGCGGUGCCGCAACCACGGCCUGAUUUCCAGCCUCCGCGGGCAUAAGAAAGCCUGCGCCUACAGGCACUGCCAGUGCCCUAAAUGCGGGCUAAUCAAGGAACGACAGCGCAUCAUGGCUGCACAGGUAGCGCUGAAACGACAACAAGCGGCUGAAGACAAAAUUGCUCUACAUUUGGCUUCCGUGGAGACUGGGACUUCUUUGGAGAGCCUGCCCCCGGGGCGCAUAUACGGGAUGCGGGUCACGGGGCCCUGCCCCAGCCCUGGGCCCGAGCCUGACUCCGCUGCUGAUGAUCAUACGCCCAUCCACAUCGACAGCGAAACGAGCGACUCUAUGCCGGACUGCUGCACCACUUCGCCCGAUUCUGCUGCCAGCUCUUCAGCUCCACGAUCUCGCGAGGAUGGAGUGGACAUCGAGGGCGCGGUCAGCUCCGCCGGGCUGGAGAUGCUUCGGAAGCUGUUCCCUGGCAAGAAGCGCUCUGUUCUUGAGCUGGUGCUGCGCCGAUGCAACCACGACCUGCUGCGAGCCGUUGAACACUUCAACGCCACUCAUGUAUGUAUGUUUAUGACUCAACAAGAAAAGGGGGCGGCCAGUUCCAGCGCUUCCAGCUUCGAAAUGUCCGUAUCAAGCACGGAGGAGGUUGAAAAGCGGUGGUCGGCUUUUCGUCCAGUUGGACCUCGCGCGCCUCUCCUCCCAGCACUAGUGAUGGGCAGGGUCUGUGGCUCAGACUGGCUGGUGCCAUUACCAGCGCUUCCCACUUUGUCUGCUCCAUUACUUCUGCCCCUACAACACCCCCACCAGCCUCCACCCCCUUGCAACCCAUGCGCUCCCGACUGCCGACAAUGCAAUGCUCACCACUAAGAUAAACGCUUUAGUUUAGUUUAUUGUAUUUAUAUUAGGUUUUGUUGCCAUUGCAGUAUAGGAACUAAGAUGUGAUAAUUUAAUGCCAAACUGUUUUAUCCUAAGUAUGCUUUGUAAUUAUUAUUGAUAUUAUGA